GCGCCAAUCAGAGCCCCUCUCAGCGAUCACGUGACUAACGCUGUGUUUCUCUUUCUGGCCGACAGGUGAUGAUAGCGGCGGAGUUGUUGCGCAACGCGGACCAAUUGGUGCAGAACAAGAUCCACCCCACGAGCGUGAUCGCCGGCUACCGCCUCGCGUGCAAAGAGGCCGUCAAAUACAUCAACGAGAACCUGACGCUCGGCAGCGACGAGUUGGGCGCCGAAUGCGUGCUCAACGCCGCCAAGACGUCACUGGCGUCGAAGCUCAUCGGAUCCGACGCCGACUUCUUCGCGCAGAUGGUGGUCGACGCGGUGAACAUCGUGCGCACGAGCGACGGCAAGGGCGGCCACUGUUACCCCAUCAAGGCCAUCCGCGUGUUGAAGGCCAACGGGAAGUCGACGCGCGAGUCGCAGCUCGUGCGCGGAUUCGCGCUCAACUGCAUGAUCGCCACUCAAGGAAUGCCGAAGCGCGUGACGGGCGCGAAGAUCGCGUUGUUGGACUUCUCGCUGCAGAAGGCGAAGUUGAAGCUGGGCGUGCAGGUGCUGGUGGACAAGCCAGAGAACCUGGAGGCCAUUCGGCAGCGCGAGCAGGACAUCACGAAGGAACGGCUGCAGAAGAUCCUGGCGGCGGGCGCGAACGUGAUCCUGACCAGUGGCGCCGUCGACGAGUUGUGUCAGAAGUACUGCGUGGAGGCGCGCGUGAUGGCAGUGCGCAGGUGCCGCCGCGUCGACCUGAAGCGCAUCGCGAAGGCCACUGGCGGCACAUUGUUGCUCUCGUUGGCCAACAUGGAGGGCGAGGAGUCGUUCGACGCGUCGCUAUUGGGCGAGGCCGAGGAGGUGGCGCAGGAGCGCGUGUCCGACGACGAGCUCAUCCUCAUCAAGGGGCCGAAGAACGGGAACUCGGCGUCCAUCGUGUUGCGCGGCGCCAACGAGUUCUUCCUGGACGAGAUGGAGCGCUCGCUCCACGACUCGGUGUGUGUCGUGAAGCGCGUGCUCGAGUCCAAGCGCGUGGUGCCGGGCGGCGGCGCAGUCGAGGCCGCGCUGUCCGUCUAUCUGGAGACGUUCGCCACGACCAUCGCGUCGCGGGAACAGCUGGCCAUCGCCGAGUUCGCGCACUCCCUGCUCGUCAUCCCGAAGACGCUGGCCGUGAACGCGGCGAAGGACGCCACGGAUCUGGUGGCCAAACUGCGCGCCUAUCACAACGCGGCGCAACACAAGCCUGACCACAAGCAUCUGAAGCACUGCGGUCUGGAUCUGGUGGAGGGCGUGGUCAGGGACAACGUCAAGGCCGGCGUUCUCGAGCCCUCGGUCUCGAAGAUCAAGGCGUUGAAGUUCGCGACGGAGGCCGCCAUCACGAUCCUCCGCAUCGACGACCUCAUCAAACUGCAGGCCGCGCGCGAC